AUGGAUCAGAUCCAUUUAUUUAUUGGUAUUGAUUAUUCAAAUGAAGUAUUUAAAAAAGAACCUGAGAAAUAUUUAAAACUUUGGAGCAAGAUUGGAACGACCCUAAAAGUAGGAGCAGUAGAAGAUAUGUCAAAUAAAGGGUUUCGAGGAAAACUUAUCUUUGGUAUUUCUGGAUUUCUUAGGAAUUGA